AUGAGCGAAGAACAAGAUGAAUUCAUUGGCGUCAACGAAGUUGACGAGGUUUAUGAAGGUACUAAUGAACCAGAACCAAUGAGUGAAGAUGAAGAUGAUGUUGAAGAAUUGCAAAAUGAUCAAGAUCAAGAAGAACAAGAAAUUGACAUGUCUAAUAACUCAUGGGGGUAUUUUGAUAAACAUGAAGAUUCUGUUUUCACAGUGUUUUCACAUCCAACUUUACCAUUGGUUGUUUCUGGUGGUGGUGAUAAUACAGUUUACAUGUGGACUAGUCAUUCACAACCCCCAAAAUUUGUUCAACAAAUUAAAGGCCAUAAAGAGUCAAUCAUCACAGGUGCAUUUACCGGUGAUGGUGAGUUUCUGAUCACUGGUGACAUGGCUGGUAAAAUCAUGAUUCACCAAUCAACCAAACGUGGUCAAGUCUGGAAGUUAUAUGCUGAAUUAGAAGAGAUUGAAGAAAUUGUGUGGAUUUCAGCUCACCCUAAACAACCAGUUUUUGCUUUUGGUGGUGCUGACGGUUCCGUUUGGGUUUACCAAAUUACUCCAAGUGUUGAACAAAUUAUGAGUGGAUUCGCUCAUCAAUCUGAAAGCACUGGUGGUGUUUUUGUGAAUACGGAUGACUUGGACGCAUUGCACUUAGUCACCAUCUCUACUGAUGGUUCAAUAGUUGGAUGGAAUGGAUUCACUGGACAAGCUGAAUUUAAAUUAGCAGAAACAGAAUUCAAAGGACAACAACUACCGUGGAUCACGCUCUCACCUCAAGGUAACUCUAAUAUUUUGGCUGUGGGGUCAAAUGAAGGAACUCUAGCUAUCAUAAAUAUAAACAAUGGGACAGUAUUGACUACAUUCAGAGUUGUUGAAUUGAAAGAGGAUCAGGAAGAAUUAGAUGCUAGUAUUGAAACUAUCACAUGGAGUGAUUCACUGCCACUAAUCGCCUUAGGUUUAGUAUCUGGAGCUGUUAUAUUAUUUGAUGCAAAGACAUGGAGGGAAAGACAUUCAAUUAUAUUAGAAGAUGCAAUCACAAAGUUAGAAUUUGUUAAAGGAACACCUUAUCUAAUAGGUUCUUCCAUGAAUGGUAAAAUAUACAAAUGGGACGCCAGAACUGGUCAAGAAAUCUUUGCAGGUGUUGGUCAUAAUAUGGGUGUUUUAGAUUUUAGCGUUGUUGAAAAUGGUAAUAAGUUGAUCACUGCUGGUGAUGAAGGUGUCUCUCUAAUCUUUGUUACUCCACAAUAGACUAGUGUAUAUUAAUAGAAUGUGGUAUAAUUCGCUAUGAUCAAAAUGUAAUUGUCACGCGUGAGAUUGUCAGAUAAAUGGUAAGUGCACUCCAUCAACACUUUUUUCGCGCCAACAUUCUGGAAAAUUCUAUGUCAGAAUUGUAUUUGUAAUGUGUCAAAUAUUCUAGUACAUUCCAUGUAAAAGAGAGGCCAAUUGAGAACCAACGCCACCAUGUGUAUAAAAAGAGUGGAAAUUCACCUUGAAUGGUGAUAUUUAUUUUUUGUUGCAUCAACAUCAAGAUUAAAGACAAUUGAUUAGAACAACUACAAC